AUGUGGCAGCAGCGUCAGGUGCUUUGCUCCCCGUUAUUGGUGUUGGGAAUGCCAAGGUUAAGGGAGCUAAUGGGGAGCUUGCAGGUCGCCCUUGUGAAGAACAGGGUGCUGGCUACAGUUGGAGAUAAGGAGUGGAUCCCAUAUGUCAAGUGGUAUGGGAGUGCUCCAGCUGUGAACAUGCUGAGGGCAUUUGGGUGCAUGGUGGUGUUUCAUGUGCCUAAGGAGAAAAGGGGGAAGUUGGAGGCUUCUGGAAGAUGGGGUGUGCACUUGGGGAUUGCAAAGGAUCACAAGGGGUGGCUGCUAUGGGACCUGACCACCCAGAAGUUGACAGUGUCAAGGGAUGUGAAGUUUCUUGAGUCCCUGUACUACAAGGAAUGGAAGCAGCAGCAACAGAAGCUUCCAUCUACACCGCUCAUUGUGGAGGCAGAUGAGUGGAAGGCGAGUGAGGAUGAGGAGUUCGGGUCCCUGAUUGAAAACGAGACAUGGGACCUGUGUGACUUGCCUCCUGGAAAGAAGGCAAUCACUUCCAAGAUGAUCUACAGGCACAAGGUGCUGUUAGCGAUAGCUGCACUCCUGGGAUGGAAGAUACGGCAGAUGGACAUUGUGACAAUGAGUCCGCUGUGAAGCUCGCCAAGAAUGCUUGUCUGCAUGGGCUGACAAAACACAUA